CGGCGGGACCGGCGGAUCGCGGGCUCGCCGGCCCGGCGCGGAGGACAGCACCUGAGAAACAUGUCUUGGACUCACUUUCUUACAGAAGAAGUAUGUCCAAGAAAGCACACCUGUGCCGAUCCAGGACUUAAACCCAAGUGUCUGGCUUCGGUUGCCGGCCUCUGCAUCCUGGGGUUUUGAGCCCAACCAUCUAUGCUGGGGCCUAAGUCCUGAGACUGGCAUGCCCUGAGCGCCAGAGAAGAGAAGGCCUGAAAGAGGAAGACAGAGCCCAGGAGAAUUGCCACAGCUGACUCGCAUCUACAACCCCAAGGCUCUGAGCAGGAGGAACGUACUGAGAGAGACCCGAGACUUUGAUGAACUGUCCCACAAUACACACAGCACAGUAUUGCCUGGAACAGCAGAGGGCUGGAGGCAGCCUCAUUGGCAGCCAGAUACAAAAAAUGGUGCCUGAGUGUUUACCCAGGAAGUGUCUGCUGCUCCUCCACCUGUCACAAAAUACAUCCAAGGAUACCUCCAGAGAACUGCGUCCUGUGCAAUCUUGGUGAGUUCCAGGCAGCUCUUUCUGGAAAUGCAGAUAAAGAAAAUGAAGGACAUUGGGGAACAGCUGUACACCACCCCGAUGAAUGGUGGACCCAGUUCCUUGACCAUGUCACCCAAACAACCAAACUCCAACCGAGCAACUCGGCCGGAUCGGCAGGAAGCACAGAGCCUUUUGUAUCAAGGCUCAGAGGCAGAGGCUGCACUGAUGACCAUCGCCACGUGUGAGCAGUGCAAAAGCAUUGAGAAAAUCCCACUUCAGGAUUUGAAGAAGGGCGCUGGGCCAGGCCAAAAGGAAGACAAGUACCUCUGCUUCAAAUGCAGCCUGCACGCAGCCCCUCCCCAAUUCCAUUUCCUCAGCGGCGAUCCCAGCGCCGCCCAUGUCGGAAAUAAAACCGAAACCAUCUCCAGCCCAGUCAAUAACAAAUUCAAGGUCAGGAACUUUAAGCCAGGGAAAUUCUACUGUGACAAAUGUCGGUUUUCCACGAAGGACCCCCUGCAGUACAAAAAGCACACGCUUCAACACGAAGAGAUCAAAUUCAUUUGUUCGCACUGCAGCUACAUUUCCUACACAAAAGGCGAGUUUCAGAGGCAUCUGGUGAAGCAUACAGGAAUAUUCCCCUACCGGUGUGAGUAUUGCGACUACGGGGCCAUUCGAAAUGACUACAUCGUCAAGCACCGGCGGCGCGUGCACGAGAGGGCCGGCGCCAAGCGGCCCCUCAAGGCUGUGGCCAAGCUGGAGCCCAAGAGAACCAGUGUCGCCAGACAAAACACCGACUUUCUAAAGGCUCCUGGUCCCAGGACGACAUUUCACAGUAAGCUGUCGAGUCAGCUCUCCAAGUUCUCCCUCCACACAAAUAAAGACAAAGCACGCAAUGUUGUGUUGUUACCAGAGUCAAGGGAGUACCAAAAAGACGUAGUGUGCAUCCCGAAUAAAAUGACCUUCCCCGAGCCCAGUGAGGUGAGUCUGUUGGGGAACAAAAACGUGGAGGUGGAGGUGUUGUCUCCCUCCAAAGAGCUCGUGCAGCCUGGGGUGCCCCUGACCGUGGUGGCCCCGGCGGAGCUGGUGGUCCCCACGAACUGCCUGGCCCAGUUGAUCGACGUGAAGGUCGUCAACGGCACCCAGCAGCUGGUUCUGAAACUCUUCCCACUGGAAGAAAACCCGCGCCUCGAAGCCGCCAGAGGUGACGGAGCGGACCCCGAGCCCGUGGCUACAGACAGGGGCCCAAGCAAGCCAGGACAGCUACUUCCUGCAGAGAGCACCAAGGCCCCGAGGAUCGAAGGGAACCCCCGGGAGCUGGGGAGCAUGGAGAAUCUGCAGUCCUCGGUCCAGAAACACCUUCGGAACGUGAAGUGGCUGAGGUCUUACGAUUUCCUCAUGCCAAAUUCCAGCGUGGACAACCACAGACAACCCUUCCUCAGUUCCAGUUCUAGUAGGGAUCUGCAGAAGAAGCUGGCGUUGCAUCCGUAUAGGCCUGCGCUUCCUUCUGCGGCCCUCAAAGGACCUUCUCCGGCCUCUGUAGGAAAAAUCAGUGCUGUGUGUGGCCUUGGAGCCCCAUCAAACCCUGUUCCGUGUAAAUCCUCCCUCUCUUUUGCAGAUGGUGGCAGGACUUUACACAGCGACUCACAGCAAUUGCUGCCCCUUGCUGUAGCACCUGCAGCCAUUCCCACCCCUGGAGAAAAGAGCUUUGAAUCUGUAAGUCAGAUGAGUGAAUCUAGAAGUCAGAUGCUGUCCUCUGGUAGGAAGCCAGGGAAUAACCAGAUGGAGGGAAGCGACGAGAUGUCCGCUGUGCACCAGAGUUCCUCACCGUGUAAAAGUGAGUAUUUACACAUAAACCUAACGGCAGAAGAUAAGGCGAGGGCUGAGCAGCCUGGGGAUAAGCCUGUGCAACCCAAGGAUUCUGAAAGGACUAAUAACACUUUCGACGGCCCGGUCAUCUCGUCAGUCUUUUCUCUGAGCUCUGGAUCUGAGAAUGUUCCAGACGGCGUUAAGUGGAACAGUGCCACAUCCAAAAUAAAGUCAAUCGAACUGUUGCGCAAAAAGAUCGCUCAGCUCAUUGAAUCUUGUGGCAAGCCUUCGUCGCUGUCGACGAGCAGUGCGCUUCGCCGGUCCACGGGGCAGGCUUCGAGGGGAACUUCCAAAGCCCUCUCCCCGGAAGGUAUUGAGGACAUUCAUGUGUCCCUUGCGGGCUCUGAUCCUUCCACGGGUCCUCUCUCCAAACCUCAGGAUGAGCCUGCUGGCACCGGACAGCUGCAGCCAGUCUACCCGCAGUGCACCGCAGGCAGCGAUGGGAAAAGCAACAGCAGAGUGACCAGGAAGGCUCAUGUCGCCACGCCAGUGCUGAUCCCCAAGGGAGCUGUGUUGAGGGUUCUGAACUCCUCCGAGGACGCCCAGAUCAUAGAAGCCACCUGCGACACCCCUGUCAGCAUACCUUGCAGCGAGGCGCAGUUACCGCAGCCGGUUCCGUUCUGCCCUGGGAUGCAGAUCGACUCCGGCCUGCAGCCUUUAGUGAAUGAAAGUGAGCCAAGAAACAUGUCCCCAAGUUUGGAGACAUGUUUUCGGGCUAAACCAAGAAAAGAGGAUGCCCUCUGUAGCCCCACCCCUAAGAAGAUCGCCCCUGCGCAGGGACUGCACGGAGGCAGUGAGUGGAGAAAGCAACGGAGACUGCUCUCCAGAAGUCUGACCAUCAGCAGGAGCAAGGCCAAGCACGUCAACUCAUCCAAGAAGAGAAGCAAGAUCCAGGCCGAGCCCAGUCGCUGCCUUAAGGAGCCUUCCAUCUUCCAGGUUUCAAGACAGCUCCGACUGGUAGCUGCCAAGCCUGACCAGCUGAUUAAGUGUCCCCGGCGCAACCAGCCAGUCAUCGUGUUAAAUCAUCCUGACGUGGAUUCCCCAGAAGUGACCAAUGUCAUGAAGGUGAUCAAUAAGUACAAGGGCAAUGUCCUCAAGGUUGUCCUGUCAGAGAGGACGAGGUGUCAGCUGGGUAUCCGCCGCCAUGUGCGGCUGACCUGCCAGAACACCGCCGAAGCCAGCCAGAUGAGAAGGCAGAUGCUGCUGAAAAUGAAACUGAAGAAGGUCCACCGGAACAACUACCAGGUGGUAGACUCCUUGCCCGAGGACUCGUCUCAGUGUAUAUUCAAGUGUUGGUUCUGUGGGCGGCUCUACGAAGACCAGGAAGAGUGGAUGAGUCAUGGCCAGCGGCACCUGAUAGAGGCCACCAGAGACUGGGAAGUCUUGUCUUCUAAGGGAAAAUGAACAAAUAUUGGCCCUGGAAGCAAACUGUCUUCAUUUCUCCGGUUAGGGGUCUCUAGAUGCAGGCUAUAGGAACGGUGAUGGUUGUUUCUGAUGUCUGCUGUCAGAGCACUGAGUCGUUGUGAGAGGCGCUUGCAGCCCCUGAGAUUAUACACAAAUGGAUGCACAGAAUUCUGAUGGGAUGUGAACUUCUCAUCAGAUUGCCAGUGGGGUCUGAAACCUGUCUGUGUUCAAUGUUUAUUUUUCUGAGUAGAUCCACUUCUAUUCAGAGGGUUGAGUUUAGAAUGCUUGACACCUGCUCCUUCCACAAAUGCUGAAUUCCAGCUACCAUGUGGAAUCAACAUUUGCUUUGCUUUUGCUUUAACUCACCUGAAUGUUUGGUACCUGAUGGAAAUCGGAUUUUCUACAUGUUACUUGGAAGGUUCUAAACACGCGCACACAAAAGGCCUUCCAUCCUCUUCCAUCUCAUUCUCUAUUACUUUUAAGUGUUUUGUGUAGCACCGAGUUGUGCUUUUGUUGGACUCUUUUUGAAGAAUGAUUCCAAGGGUUUGCCUUGCUAGAAGAAAGAAACCAUCUUUAAAUUGAAAUAUCUGGAUCUGUAUCAGCUAAGUAGGGAAUGUGCCUUUUAGAGAAAAGAAAAUCUUGGGCCUCUCCUUUGCCCCUAAUGCUCUAACACCAAGUGGCUGCUUUUAGCUGGCAAGGAGAGUCCCGCCACAGGCAAACCUUGGGAGACUGCCCGGCUGGGCUUUGUAAAGCAGGUUGGCAAGAGGUCUGCUGUGGUUUGAUGUCCAUGUCUAGCUGACCCCUGGAAUCACAGACCUGCUCCUGGGGUCCCUCUGUUCUGAACAUGCCUUCCCUCCCCGCUCCAGAAGCUGUGUGUUCCUCAUGAAAUAACUACAAAUUACCACAAAAUGAAGGACCACCACUCCCCUCCCCCCCCACCUGCCCCGUUCUACCCCCACCAUCUUUAUUGCAGGAACACAAUCCCUGGUUUCCAUUGCCGAUAACAAUCUGCUUCUAAUUUCUAUCGGUGGCAGUCACACUUCCUCCUGUUGGCCUUUGCUGGAAGGACUUCCUCUCCCAUCUCUCCCACAAGUGUCAGGGCAGUCGCUGUCUCACAAGGCACUGCAGCCACCGUAGCUCCUGAGCCCAUUCUCUGCAUGUGCAGGCAUGGCUUCUCAGGACGACAGAUGUCCUGGCAGAUGCAGAGCGAGCCUAUGUUUACUCCUUGCUUGUCCAGGCUCGGCACUGACGUGCCUGGCUCAGAUGGCAGUCACGGGAAGCCUCCCCCCCAGGCUAUCACGUAUGAAAAUGACGUCGAAGGUGAUUUCUGCUGUACUGGACCAUCAGGGACCCGAUUUGUGAAAAUUUCAAAAAAAAGUCUUAAGUUCUCCCAAACGUAGAUGUGAUGGCACUCAUUUGAAGUCUGUUCUCAUUACAGGUAAUCAUUUUUUUGUUAUAAUUCAGUGCACGGAUUACGUUGCUUAAUAGUUAUUGAACUUAAAAAUUACAUUUUUUUAAAUCUCAUGUGUACACAUAUAUUUUUUACCAUGAAAUUGCAAGAGCUAAUUUUUCUGAUUUCUUGUUUUGUAAUGAUGUGUGAACUGGGAAAAUGUAAAACAUUUUUCUAUCCUAGAAAUCAUUUAUUUUGGAAGUAUUUUUACAGUGGUUUUAUCUCAUCUUUUGAAAAUGAAAGCACAGUAGAUGGACCUACAUGUAUUUAUAGAUCUAUAUAUAGAUGGGUAUUGAUCAGUAUGUUGAUCCAUAUGUAGAUCAUUACCGAUCUAUAUAUGUAGAUCUAUAUAUUGAUCUAGAUCAAUACCAAUCUGUAUAUAUUGUUCUAUAUAUUGAUCUGUAGUGAUGUCGAUCUAUGUCUAUAGAGAGAGAGAUAGAUCUGUAUCUAUAUAUAUAUCUAUAUAUAUGAGGGACAGGAAAAGAAACCCCUGUGAUAAAUUGUGGCGUUUAGCCAUUGUACAUUUUUCUUUGGUGCUUGGUGGCAAAUGAAUUUUGUGAGUACCGUUUUGCCACAUGACGAAUAGAAUCCUGAAGUCUGGUCCUCUUGCAGCUAUUCUCCUCUCCUGCCCUAAAGGAACCUAAGUUGUGGCGAAGAGGAGAAGGAAGGGCUGCGAGUUCAACUUCUGUCUAUACCUCAUUGCUUAGCUUUUUCCCGCAUGGCAAGGCUGGAGCCGGCCAUGGACCAGGUGAGUGUUGGUGUCAACGCAGCAGUCGGCUGCCUUGUCAAGUAUUAUCUAAAAUACAACUUGAAUGCCUACGAGGAGCUGAAUUUUUGUACGUAGACUACGUCAUGAAGUUUAGGGAUAUUCAGAAUGAAACAAUUUUUUAAGGAGCUAAAAAGGCUCCUGGGAUUCAUAAGCGGGAAGAGGCAAAAGCGAUUUGUCUUCCCCAGAUAACUAGCUGUAGAACAUAGCUUGUUGACUGUAGCUGAGCACCAUGAAGUAAACCCACAGAGGAAAUAGGGCGGAGCUGUGUUGCAUAUUUGUGUGUUUUUGGUUUUGAAGGCUCUCCAGUCACUACAUUUUGUUACUAAUACUAAUAAAGUUAAUUUUUUUAAGUAGAUUUUUUUCUUCCGGGGACCAGAAGUGAGAUGACCUGGAUACAUUUAUGAGAUGGACAGGUAGGCUAAUAAAAUCUUAAAGCCACUAUGUAUACUCAGUAGAUGACAUUUUGUUGAGAUUUUAUUCCCAGUUCAAAAUAUUUUAUGAGCCCCUAUCAUGGGUGUAUGAGCCCCUAUCAUGAGUCAAGUACUGUUUGUUGAACUCAUUCCUCACCUGGACACAGUGUAUUAGCCCUGCGAGUCUCAUCCCUCCUCUAGGAUUUUUGUAAGCCAUCCCAGAAAAUGAAGAUGUCACAGUGCUCAGCCUUCAGGAUGACUUCGAAACCCACGAAUGUCUAGAAGAGCAGAAAACAAAACUUUGUCUCAUGUGUCAAGCCUUGUUAGAAUUCCUGUGCUCGUAGCAGUUUGUGUGUCUGCGGCUCUGGUUUUGAAACACGAAUGUAUAUAGAGGUUGGCAUCAAUUUUGUUAAAUAAAACAACUAUGAUUC